AUGGUGGUGUCAAAGGGCAGGAGGAAACUCUACGGAGUGCCUAAAAACAAGCCAACAAGUCCAGAAGAGGUGUGCAGCAAAGUAGUGACGUGUGGUGUGGUGGUGUGCGCAGGGCCGGCUCCUGGGCAAGGUGGACGCGUACUUCAGCUCCUUCCGGCGCUGCAACUACCCGCGCGUCUCGCCGCAAGGGGUCGUCGAGAUCGUGGAGGAGUGCGGCCGGUACUCACGUCCGAAAUUAAAUCUUAG